GCAUGAGCGUACAACGCCCGGUCAAGAUGCAAAGAUCAGAGUUGCAAUGCCUUGCUUUGGGGUCUCCGCGCGCUCGUCACGAGGUUUGAUGAGGAGCACCAUGGGGAUCUGUCAGUCCGAUCGAUCAGAGCGGGAAAGUGGGUCUCCCCUUGGGGUUGUAUAAAUGGGGGAAUUCCAGUCUCACGGGACGUGUAUAGCGCGUGUUUCCGCUGAUCCCUCAACUCUCCUACAGCGUGCGAGGUAUGCCCACCAUGGACGAGAAAGAAAUGCAAGCCCCUGCGCUUGAUAGCACGGCUACUACUCCUCGCAACCUUUCCAAGGACAAGAUCGAGGUCGCCUCCAAGCCAGGCUAUGAAGCACCCAAGGCAAAGGCUGAACGGCUGGAGAACGCUCGCGGCGAUGAGUCGGAUAACCUCAUCCACGAUCUCGAGAAGGAACUUGAGGCGAGUGGCUACAAGAAGGGUUUCUUCGAAAUGGAGUUCAAGAACCCGAAGCACUUCACGUGGAUCCUAGUGGCCUUCGCUUCCAUGGGUGGGCUACUGUCUGGUCUUGAUCAGAGUCUGAUCUCCGGCGCGAACCUGACCCUGCCGCAUGAUCUCAACUUCACGGCCCAACAAAAUUCCAUGGUCAACUCUGGCAUGCCCCUCGGAGCUGUCGCCGGCGCUUUCCUCAUCUCACCCUGCAACGAGUACUUUGGCCGACGUUGGGCGAUCAUCAUCUCUUGCAUCUUGUAUACAGUCGGCGCUGCACUUGAGGCUGGUGCUGUCAGCUACGGCAUGAUGGUCGCCGGCCGUGUCAUCCUGGGAGCCGGUGUCGGUCUCGAGGGUGGAACUGUCCCCGUCUAUGUUGCCGAAACAGUCGAGGCUCGCAUGCGCGGUAACCUCGUCUCGCUAUACCAGUUCAUGAUCGCCCUCGGUGAAGUCCUCGGCUAUGCUGUUGCUGCCAUGUUCAUCACGGUCAAGGGCAGCUGGCGCUACAUUCUCGGUAGCUCGCUCAUCUUCAGCACGAUCAUGGGUGUCGGCAUUCUCUUCAUGCCAGAGUCGCCUAGAUUUCUAAUGCACAAGGGUGACACCCUCGAGGCCUUCAAGGUGUGGAAGCGCAUACGCGGCAUCGAGACCCAUGAAGCACGGGAGGAAUUCUUCAUCAUGAAGGUCAGCACUGAGGAAGAAGAGGCAGAGGUGGCUGCUGGACGCACCAAUAGGUUCCCCUGGAUGGACUUCUUCACCAAGCCCCGCGCUCGCAGAGCCAUCAUCUAUGCCAACAUCAUGAUCUUCCUUGGUCAAUUCACCGGAAUCAACGCUAUCAUGUACUACAUGAGUGUGCUCAUGAGCCAAGUUGGCUUUAAUACCUAUGACGCCACCUACAUGUCUUUGGUGGGAGGUGGGUCACUUUUGAUCGGCACGAUCCCCGCCAUCUUCCUGAUGGAGACCUGCGGACGUCGUUUCUGGGCCAUUGCGAUGUUGCCAGGAUUCUUCAUUGGUCUUGUCCUCGUUGGUGUCAGCUACCAGCUGAACACCCUUUCCGCACAGCUUGGUGUGUACCUUACCGGGCUCAUCCUCUACGAGCUUUUCUUCGGUUCGUACGCCGCACUCACCUGGGUCAUUCCUUCCGAGGUGUACCCGACCUACUUGCGAUCGUACGGUAUGACCACAUCCACCGGCUGGCUCUUCCUCUCCUCCUUCAUCGUCACCUACAAUUUCACCGGCAUGCAGAACGCCAUGACCAAGACUGGUCUGUCGCUUGGGUUCUACGGUGGUAUCGCUGUGCUUGGAUGGUUCUAUCAGAUUCUGUUCAUGCCUGAGACCAAGGACAAGACACUUGAGGAGAUUGAUCAGCUCUUCCACAAGCCUACACGUCAGUUAGUCAAGGAGAACAUCAAGAGCUCGAUGGAGGUAACCAGUGACUUGCUCCAUGGGCGCUUCCACAAGGUGUUCAUCCAGAACAACCAACGUGGCCACGAGUAAGCAGAUGCGUUGGAAAAGAUGAGUUGUUAAAUGGUUACGAGGAAAGGAUGGUGAAAGGAGGAUAUUUUCUUGUUGGACUUUCACGAAUACCCUUGAAAUUUAGAUACGAGAUAGAUGAUGGACGGAAGACGAAUGAUAAAUCACAUGAUUGACUACUUGGGCUGAU